GGCCUAGCCUUUUGUACAUUUCCGCCAGACGGAAACUGACAAAACGAAAAGAGAGAGAAAAAAAGGAACAUGCAACACAGACACAGUUACGGACCACAGCUUGUCCUGGCAUAGAGAGGAAAAACCUCUUCAUCACACUUAUACCUAACAUUUUUGGGACUUUUUCACAGAUCUGACACAGGAUAAGCAUACCCGGUUCGGACUUCUCAAAGCUUCAACAGAGGAAACUGACGCAUGGCGGCGUGGGACCUGUCCAUCACAGUGGAGGACCUGGGGCCUGACGCCCCACCUGUCAGCCUCAGUGUGACAUCUGACCUCCACUUGGGAGGCGUCAUUCUCAAGCUGGUGGAGAAGACACAGAUCAAGCGUGACUGGUCCGACCACGCACUGUGGUGGGAACAGAAGCAGCGAUGGCUGCUGCGGGCAUCCUGGACGCUUGAGAAAUAUGGUAUUCACGCCGAUGCCCGUUUGGUCUUCAUGGUCCAGCAUAAACCCUUAAGGCUGGGCCUACCCAACGGUGUCACCGUGAGGCUUAGUGCCUGCUUCUCCAACCCCGUCUUUCAGACUGUGAUGGGGAUCUGCACGUUGCUCAACAUUCGUCACCCAGAGGAGCUCUCACUGCUUCAGCCUGUUGAGGAGAAGAAAAAAAAGAAGGAAAAAAAUUCAACAGAGGAGAUUUUUGACCUGACUGCAGUGCACCUCUCAACAGCAUCCCGGACCACUUUGUACAACGGGAUACCUGCUCAUUUUGUCGGCUCGCCUCAGUUGGAAGUUAUCUACAAGAUGCUGUCAGUCCCUCAGCCGUCGCCUGCCCCUGAAGUCAUCGCCAAGCAGUAUCGUCCAGCCAGCGUGGUGGACAAGGCCCACAUCCACGGCAGAUGGUUGGAUUCGUCCCGUUGUCUCAUGCAGCAGGGCAUCCGAGAAAAUGACACACUCUGGCUUCGCUUUAAAUAUUUUGCCUUCUAUGAUAUCGAACCUAAGUACGAUGUAGUGCGUCUGACGCAGCUGUAUGAGCAGGCUCGUUGGGCCAUCCUGUUGGAGGAUAUUGACUGCACAGAGGAGGAGAUGAUGCUGUUUGGAGCUUUGCAGUACCACAUCAGCAAGGUGUCGCAGUCAGAGCCUGAGAUGGCGAAAUCGGCAGCUGCCAUGGAUGACCUGGAGUUGGCACUUCAGUCCCUGGAGGUUAAGAUGGAGGGCGAGAGCAGCUCUGCCGCUGAGAUGCUAAAUAACAUGACUGCACCAGAACUGAAUGAUUACCUGAAGAUUUUCAGGCCAAAAAGGUUGACCUUGAAGGGAUACAAGCAACAUUGGUUCAAAUUCCAGGACACAACCAUCUCCUAUUUCAAGAGCAAAGAGGAGAGUAUUGGGGAGCCGAUUCAACAGAUUAACCUCAAAGGCUGUGAAGUGGCACCAGAUGUUAACGUGGCAGCUCAGAAGUUCCUCAUCAGGCUGCUCAUACCAGUCCCUGAGGGCAUGAACGAGGUCUACCUCCGCUGUGAAAAUGAGGAGCAGUACGCCCGGUGGAUGGCUGCAUGUCGCCUGGCGUCCAAAGGCAAGAGCCUGGCAGACAGCAGUUUCCAGAGCGAAAUAAAUGGCAUCCGCUCUUUCUUGGCGAUGCAAAACACCAGCUCAAGUUCUCAUAGCAGCACAACCGCGACCGAUGAAAUCAUAAACACCCACAGUUUGGUGUCACCCCGCUACCAUAAGAAGUACAAAACCAAACAGCUGACCCCUCGUAUCCUGGAUGCCUACCAGAAUGUGGUGCAGCUCUCACUGGUUGAUGCAGUCUCCCGCUUUCUACAGAUCUGGCAGGCCCUGCCCGACUUUGGCCUCUCAUAUGUAGUCGUCAGAUUCAAAGGAAGCCGUAAAGACGAGGUACUAGGCAUUGCUCCCAACCGUCUGAUCCGUAUCGACCUGGGUGUGGGCGACGUGGUGAAGACCUGGCGUUACAACAACAUGAAGCAAUGGAACGUCAACUGGGACAUUCGACAGGUUGCCAUUGAAUUUGAGGGGAACAUCAACAUCGCCUUCAGCUGCGUGACAGCUGACUGCAAAAUUGUUCAUGAGUUCAUUGGCGGCUACAUCUUCAUGUCGACGCGCAGUCGCAACAAGAGCGACAAGCUUGACGAGGAGCUCUUCCACAAGCUGACCGGCGGACAUGAGGCGCUCUAGAACUCAUAGACGUCGAAGGAGUCAUACUUUAUCUUGUUGGACAGGCAUUAAUCGAUAUGCAGAAAUCCAUGUUUAAUAGGCUUUGUACUUGCAGUAUGGUAAAUAUAAAAACGCCAGAGAUGUAACAUUUGAGUUCUUAAUACAUUACACACACCUUUAAUAAAAAAAAAUAAAUACUGACUACAGUGUUACAAGCUCAACAUUUGAAUACAUUAAGGAAUUCACUGAUAGAGCAAAAACAACUGCCAACACCAAAUGUUUACCACCAAAUUAUAAUAAAAUUGAGCAUGUUUUAUUUUUACUUGUGUUCACACUGAUUUCAAUGUAUCUCAUGCCGAUCCAAUAUGCGGCAAUUUGCUGCGCAUUCAGGUGCAUGGACUUCAUAAUGAUAUUGACGGGACACGGGGCACGGGGCUGAUUAAUAGGGGGCCUAUCUCUGCCAAAGCUAACCGAGUGUAAACAUAGACAAAUAGCUUUUUCUGUUGAAAAUUCUCAUGAAUAAAUGUGUAAAUCCCUCAAUUCCUUAUAGAUAUGGACGUAAAACAGUCUCAAUUCUUUGUUAAAACAGCAAAGAACCGGGCUGUUAGCAUUUAUUUUACGUAAAUAUGUCGAAUGUCCUGCGGCGGCCGUAUGAAAACGUAGAGCUUUUUCCGUUAAAUUCUUCUGAAUAAAUGCUUAACUCCCUGAAUUCUUUAUAGAAAUCGGCGUAAAACAGUCUCGAUUCUUGGUUAAAAGCAAAAAAAAAAAAAAAACUUGCAGUUAGCAUUUAUUUUACGUAAAUAUUGCGAACUAUGACGGCAAUGCCGUAGCGACUAAUUUGUCCCAUUGAUUUUUUUCACAACGUUUCAAAAUGCAUGCAUGGUACGAAAAAUACAAUAAUUACCUUGACUCCUCGAACAAAUUACUCCUGAGACAAUCCUUCCUGUUUGUAUGUGGUACAACUUUCGUACUUUUUCAACCUAAAUCCGGCGUUAGAUUGCUGCGUGCAUGUUUGAGAAUAACUCCUUUUGAUGUAGGCAGGCCCGCUACUUGAAGGCGAGGUGCAGUGUAUGACCGAUGUGACCCGUCAAUAUCUUUAUAAAGUCUAUGUAUUGUUCGGUAUGUUAGGUAUGUCGACUCGUAGUAUUUAGAUAAACUGAAUUGAAGGCAAUUGGUGCUGAAGUUUAUUUAGCAUAAACAAAUCAAAAGGACCUUUGAUUAAAAUGUGCAAUAGUCAAAUAGUUGAUCCAUUUCAAUAAGAAAAUGUCCAAACUUGGGCAGCAUAAUGGUUUUGAGUUGGCUCCAGUCUUAUUUUAAGAAGUUUACAUGUUCUACCUGUGCUUGCAUUGCUUUUCUGCGGGUAACCAAGCUUCCUCUCACUUUCCCAAAACCUGUAUACAUGACUUGAGGUGAAGGAUAACCAACGCCUUGAUGCCUUUUGUCACGAA